CUUUUUAUCCCAUUGCAUAGCAACCAAACCAGCCAAUGCAAGCUUUCAAGACCCCCGAACGAUGCACAGGCAGAGGCGUUCAGCUCGCAUGUGAUCUGACGUGCGGCUCGGUUUGCCAUCGCGCCAAUGACUUCAUGUAAUAUUAAUUUCUGAUAGAUGUCAAGAUAAUCCAUUUUUGGGAUGCACAGACGCUGCUAGGCAACAUGGAUGUCAUGCUUAGGGUUGUGUUGGUGAUACCUGGCGGUGGCCUCUUUUGGAGAUCCAUUCGUGUCAUAUUGGAUAUAUUUAAGCUUGGGUGUUAGUUCGUGGUGCGUUUCGUUCGUUUGUAACGGUGCCUUCUUUUUUCUGUCACGUUGUUACAUAACCCCCUCUCAUCCUUUGCAUGCAAAUAAUCCGGUUGCAUGUACAGCUGCAUCCGGACACGUCUUUAUAUUAAUGUCGUACAUAAGGUUUGUUUUAAUUGUUUUCUGGGCACUACGCAUCUCACCCGGCUGUCGGUGACAUCAUCUCCUGUUCCAUGUCCCCCGGUGUGCGUGCGUGCGCGCGCGUGUGUGUUAGUGCGCAUUCUUGAACAGACUGUAAUGCGAGUGUGUGUUGUAUUCAGAUGGUGUACAUGUUUGAAUGGAAGGACGGGAUGGCACUUUUGUACGUCAAUUGUGCGUUUAUUAAAUGGUUUGGGGUACAGGGGCGUAAUGUGUUUAAAGGGACAGUGCACUGUGCACCCACAAAAAAAAAAUGAUGUCAUCAUUUAUUCACCCUUAUGUUGUUAAAAAUCUGUAUGUGACUCUUUUUUUGUGGUGCAAAAGAAGAUAUUUUGAGAAAUGUCUUAGUGGUUUUGUGUCCGUACAAUGGAAGUCAAUGUUUGGUUAUCAAGGUUCUUCUUCAAAAUAUCUUCUUUUGUGUUUAAAAAAGACACGAGGGUGAAUCAAUGAUGACAGAUUAUUCAUUUUUGGGUCAAGGAAUGAAUUGACCUUUGGGACCUACUGUCAUUUUUCUUCAAAUUUGCAGAUGCAUUUAUCCAUUUAGUUUCCUGGAAUUCGAACCUGUGGCCUUUCGCAUCUCAAGUGAUAUAUACUACCAAAUACCUAUUGAGCUAGAAGUGUAUCACAUUUAGGCUUUGAUAACCUCAAGAUGGAAAAUAUAUCGACUCGAGGUGGUAGUUUAGGGGGGCUGACCAAGACAGUUUUGGGGUGGGGAAAAAACUCACUUUUGUAACCUCACCAUCUUAUGUUCUCUCUGAGGUGUUGGUGGCCUAAACCCCACUCAGCGGAAAAAUGAUGAAUGUUUCUGUGUUUGUGGUAUUCGGUGACAUCCGGGGGAACUUCUACAGAAGAGAAAUGUUCCACCACACACGCACAGGCGCAUAUUACACGGGUUACACAAAGAGAUGAUCCUUUUUUGCUGUACCACAUAGAACGAAUAAGAUUGUGGUGAUGUAAGUAAUGCAUGUAAAGUCUGAGUCGUGUGUAUAUGUGUCUGCGAGAUCUUAAAUAAUGGUCUGUUUUAUUUCAAAGGCAGUUUACAAGCUACAUCGUAACAGUUGUCCGACAGUUCAAGUAUGCUUACGCUGAAGAUUUGAUGGAGUUGUUUAGUUUAUGUGACAAAAUUGAAAUUGGAUUAAUGGUUAUAAUCACUUGGGUGAGGGAGUUUGAAUGGGCGUCUGUGACCCCACCUACAGGUCACGAUCUCUGACCCUCGGAUGUUUACGCAGCUGUCUUCUGGACCUUGUUUCUUACAGCACGGACAUGUGUAAAGAAACUUAGACGGAAGGGGGAGCGUAAUGACCGCACGCUUCCGGUUGCCCGCUGGCAGAAGUUACGAUGUGGGAGCCGUGGAGGAGUCCAGAGAGAGACAUUUGCUGGUGGUGUGUAACGUUUUGCUGUUGGACAACACAGUGCGGACUUUCGAAGUCAACCAAGAUCAGGGCCAGAUCUUGUUGGACAUAGUCUACAAACAUUUGGAGCUGACGGAGCGCGACUACUUCGGCCUUCAGCUAGCGGACGAUUCUUUGGACAGCCCGAGGUGGCUGGAUCCUAACAAACCUGUUAGAAAACAGCUAAAAAGGUCGUCGUCUCAUAAUCUGAGAUUUAGGGUGAAGUUUUUUGUGAGCGACCCCAGUAAACUACAGGAGGAGUACACAAGGUAUUUGUACUUUCUACAGAUAAAGCAGGAUAUUCUAAGUGGAAGACUUGCAUGCCCUCAGAAUACUGCUGUACUUUUGGCCUCUUAUGCCGUUCAAGCUGAGUUCGGGGACUACAGUCACUCUGAACAUUCGCCCGGAUAUCUCUCCGAAUACAGCUUCAUUCCCAACCCGCCCCAGGACUUUGAGAAAGAGGUCUCCAAACUUCACCAAGAGCACAAUGGACUCACUCCAGCUCAGUCUGAGUUUAACUACUUGAAUGCCGCUCGCAUGCUGGAGUUAUACGGUGUGGAAUUGCACUAUGCUCGGGACCACUGUAACGCUGAGUUUUACAUCGGAGUUUUGUCUGCUGGUAUCGCGAUCUAUAAGGACAGGGUACGAAUCAACCACUUUCCAUGGUUGAAAAUUGUAAAAAUAUCUUUUAAAUCUAAACAGUUUUUUAUACAAUUAAGAAAAGAACUGAGUGAAAACCCCGAGUCUUUAUUGGGCUUUAACAUGAUGAACUACAGAGCAUGUAAGAACAUAUGGAAGGCAUGUGUGGAGCAUCAUACGUUCUUCAGACUGGAGCGGCCCGUUCCUCCUGAGAGGAACCUGUUUCUGCAGUACUUCACCCUCGGAUCCAAAUUCCGCUACUGCGGAAGGACAGAGGCCCAGUCUGUACAGUACGGCAAGGAAAGAGGAAACAAAAACAGAGUUUUUGCCAGGUCACCGAGCAAGCCUCUGGUCCGGAGACUCAUGAGCGGUUUGGACUGGGAGACCGUCAGUAGAAAUUCUCUCUCGGAUGACCGACUGGAGACUCAAAGCUUGCCGAACCGUUCUCCACCGGACUCGCCGAAUCACAACUCUGUGUUUAACACAGAGGGGGCGCGUGUCAGGCCGUCCUCCAUCGGUCACCUGGUCGAUCACGUGAUCGAUGACUCGCCAUGUCAGACGUUCACCAACCACAAGUCUGCGUCCUCCACGCAAGCGAACAGCAUCAGUCUAGAUUCAACACCGUCUCCAGAUGUAACAGCUGAUGAACAGCCACCGGCGUUGCCCCCGAAACAGUCCAGGAAAGACCCUCUCACCCAAAACGGCAGAUCCCAGUCCCAACAUGAGCUGGACAACCACCUGACUGAAUUUUACAACGUACCUGCGGCGUCAGGAAAGAGCAUGAAUGGAGCGGUUCCUCAUGAUAAUCUUGUGCUGAUUAAAAUGAGGCCGGACGAAAAUGGGCGCUUUGGAUUUAAUGUUAAGGGUGGCGCUGAUCAGAGGAUGCCCAUCAUAGUGUCCCGUGUGGCUCCAGGAACUCCAGCUGACAUGUGCAUGCCGCGCCUGAACGAAGGCGAUCAGGUUGUGCUGAUCAACGGUCGAGAUAUCUCGGAGCACACUCACGAUGAUGUGGUUAUGCUAAUCAAAGCCAGCUGUGAGGACCAAUCAGGAGAGCUCAUCCUGCUGGUCAGACCCAAUGCCAUCUAUGAUGUAGAUGAAGACCAGGAGAAGUUGGACCUGGAGCCAGAUUUCCAGUACAUUCCUGAGACGUCCAGUCUGGAUCAGUCCCACUCAGAUGCUGAUAGUCUAAAAUCCUCCAUUCAGCUGUUGAAAGACGGUCUUUCCAGCGGAACGGUCCUCGCGCAGUUUGAUCAACUGUACAGAAAACGGCUUGGGAUGUCCGUGUCAUGUGCCAGGCUGCCACAAAACGUCUCUAAAAACCGCUAUCGGGAUAUUUCCCCGUAUGACGCUACACGAGUCGUAUUAAAGGGGGCGGAUGACUACAUCAAUGCAAAUUACAUCAACAUGGAGAUCCCCAGAACAGGUGAAGUAAAGCGGUAUAUCGCCUGUCAAGGGCCUCUUCCUGGUACCUGCUCUGAUUUCUGGCAGAUGGUUUGGGAACAGAGCGCCCCCCUGGUGGUUAUGCUCACGACACAAGUCGAACGUGGCAGGGUGAAGUGUCAUCAGUACUGGCCGAAUGCUUCUGCGAGUAGCAUGUAUGGGGACUUCCAGGUUACAUGUGUAUCUGAAGAUGGAAAUUCUGCAUAUCUGCUCAGAGAUCUGACACUUACACACGUGGAGACUAAAGAAGAUCGACAGAUCUGUCAGAUGCAGUACAUGGCGUGGCCCGAUCACGGCGUACCGGAAGAUUCAUCCGAUUUCCUAAACUUCGUCAGUCAAGUACGCGGCAAAAGAGCCGAAACGCAGGAACCUGUGGUGGUUCACUGCAGUGCCGGGAUUGGACGCACCGGCGUUCUCAUCACCAUGGAGACAGCGAUGUGUCUGAUAGAGAGCGGUCAGCCCGUUUAUCCGUUAGACAUCGUAAGAACCAUGAGAGACCAGCGUGCCAUGAUGAUCCAAACCCCUAGCCAGUACCGUUUCGUCUGCGAAGCGAUCCUGAAAGUUUACGAAGAGGAGAUUGUAAAACCGUACGAGACCGAACCUACAGAAAAGGAGGAGUAAAACCCUCGGAUUCUCGGAGGUCCCAACUACUGCCAGUGAGAAUGAUGCUCGGCUCGCUGUAGCCCCUGCUGGAAGGCAGCGGACGUGACCGGCGCAAGCCAGAAUAUAGACGAAAAGCACUAUUGCACUUUAACAGCGACAAACAAUGAAAGGGAUUUUCAUUUACUAAAAAUAUCAGGUCACUGAUUAAUGGGUACUGUCAAUAAUGUUCAUUUCGGGAUCGGAGAAACAAACGUACAUUUGCUUUCGUGCCAAAAGCUGAAAUGAGCCACAAUCCAUGUCAGAAUGAACUCCUGCAUCUAACAUUUUACGUUUUCCAGGCUGUUUAUUUAUUUUUUUUGAACAGUGAACAACGGGUGCUCGCCCCUUCGCUUCCCUUUUCCCGACUGUGACUGCACACAUUUUAAUGUUUAAGUUUAAAAUUUAACUUUAAACUGUUAACUUUUUUAAACUUUUUAAAAGUUUAACAAAACCAGUUCGCAACUGAACAAAUCAGCUUUUAAUGAUACACAUUUUGUUCAGUUUUACUCCUGCGCCUUGAACCCUGUCUUUCAUGAAGUACUAGCUACCGUUACCGAAUAUUUUCAGUGAGAAUAUCGCAAGUUCUCUCUAAAUUAAAUCCUAAAUUCACAAGCCACCAGCUUUGUGUCAGCUACACUGAAAAUGAGUCAUUGCUGCCAAAUUUCACAGCUGUUUGCCUCUAAAACCGAUUGGUGCUUUGACUAAUUAAUUAUUUAUUAGGAGGGUGUGUGUAGUACAUAGCAUGUCUAAAAUAUGUAUCCUUAAAUACUCAAUAGGCAGCUGUUUGACUCUGAGUUCCACGUCGACCGGAUCUUGGGAGUAGAUGUUUGGUAAAACUUUAAAAGCUGUGAAUUCAUGUUUGCUUCGUUGACGGAAACUGGAAGCUACUAGUUUCAAUCAACUAGUACUUCUGAUGCAAAUUAAAAUGUCAAAACUAAAAUAAAAAAUUUCAGUAAUGUUUAGCAAAGCAUUUGCCCUUGUCAGCUUAAAGAUUGUCACAUGAGUCAGUAUUUUAAUUUUUUGGUAGCACUUUACAAUACGAGUGUGUUUGUUAACAGCUAAUGCUAAUGAAUUAGCUAAAAUGAUCUAGCAAUAAGUAAUACUUUAACUGUGUUUAAUUAUUAGUUUAGCAUGAACUUACAUUUAAUUGAUUAUAUUUAACAAAUAAUAAAUACUAAAAGACUAUAUUGCUUAUUGUUAGUUCAUGUGAUGCAUUUGAAAAUGUUAACAAAGACAACCAUAUUGUAAAAUGUUAGGAAUUUUUUAUGUUUGAAAUAAAGAUUUCUGGUACGAAGUUUAAAGUACAAAUAUCACAAAGUAGGAAUAUUUGGUGCUGAGUGAAAAAUAUCUGUGCUCCACCCUCUAUAGAGCACAAGUUCACAUUUCGCUUAUUAUUGGUAAUGCUUAUCUAAAUUUCAUCUCCUAGUGGUCUAUUACCUGCAAUCAAAUGCAUAAGGUGGUCAUAAAUCCUAUAUGGUCAUGCCUUAAGAACAAAAUAUUUGACCAGUCUGCGUUAAAGUGCAACUUGCCAAAAUUUAAGAAACACUUGUGGACCUGCACAUUUUUGGCUGUAGCGGUCAAUCAAUUUGGCUUUACAACUGUUUUAACGGUAUGUGAUCAUGAAACCAUUUUCCGCAAAUAAUAUAUAUUUUUAAAUUACAGCGCAAACAAAACAUUUUUAAUGUGAUACUCCACACUAUCUUAAUCGUUUACGAACGUGACCUCUUCGGCACUUCACGUUUUUCCCGUACAACGUUUCGCGUUGCCAUUGCGUAAACGAUUUGCUGUCAAGGACCAAUCCCGCCCACCGUUUUGAAUGUCGAGCCGAUUCGCUUCACUGUACGUCGUCAUAGCGCAGCAGCUAGAAAUUUACUAGCGAUGUUACCGUUGGAUAUGGUGGUAUUUUUGUAUUUAAAGAAAAAAUGAAGGACAUAAGGGCAGCACUUUGUAACUGACUGCGGUAGUCAGCUGUGCUACUGUGGAAUUUAUACUGUAAUUGUGAAAUGGGGGGAAAUGCUGUUUAAUUAUAUUUAUGUUGAACAUUUUGUCAAAUAAGAAAACCUGUGUGGGGGGGGGUCUUAACUACAUAGUGUCAUAUGUGAAAUAUUUGUAAAUACGAUGUUAUAUAUUAAAAGUGUUCUGAAAAGAUAACAGUGAUUGUUUUUAUUUAGUACAUCUAAAAAAAUAGGGAAGUAUGCCGAAAAUUGUAUGUUAC